UAUUAUCUAAUAUUUUAAGAAAAUAUUCUAAAAUAAAAUGGUUGGAGAGGUCGCUGUGGUAAGCGGAGCAAGCUAUGGAAUAGGGAGGCAUAUUUCAAAGCAACUUGCAGCUAAGGGUUGGCAUGUUGCACUGUUGGCUAGAGGCUUGGCACAGCUGACACAGGUUCAAGAAGAGAUAACUCAGGCCGGAGGAGUCGCAUUGGCCUUACAGUGUGAUAUAACUGAUAGAAAUGCAGUCAGGGCUUGCAAACAGAGAAUCGAAGACGAUCUGGGUACCCCGACUGUUCUUAUAAACAAUGCCGCGUAUGUUGCGCCUCUCCACAAGUUUGCAGAAGGAAAUCCUGAAGAAUGGGAGAAAAUGAUCAGUGUUAAUGUCUGGGGAACAUUAAAUCUAACCAGGGAGAUUCUUCCCUCAAUGCUGGAGAAAAAAAGAGGAAAGAUCAUCUUUAUGUCGAGCAAAGCUGGCGUAGUACCAACACCUUAUCUUGCAGUUCAUUCAGGAACAAAACAUAUGGUAGAGGGGUUAGUAGGAGCACUCAUACAAGAGAUAGCUGGGUCUGGAGUAAGUGUAAGCCUGGUUAGGCCUGGAGGCGUGGCUACCCCGGGAUACACCCAUGCUGUUGAAUCCGGAGACGGUGGUUCAGUACCAGACUGGAUUCCAGGAAACUUUGAUGAAUGCAUCAAACCUGAAACAGUCGCGGAAGCUGUUCUUUUUAUUGUGGAACAAAUGGAGCAUGCUGACAUAUCUGAGAUUAAUGUAACUGCUAACACAAAGAUCAAGGAGUAAAGUGUUCAAUCUGGUACAUCUGAGAUCAAUGUAACUGCUGAUAUUUCUGAGAUCAAUGUAACUGCUGAUAUUUCUGAGAUCAAUGUAAUUGCUGAUUUAUCUGGAGAUCAAUAUAACUGCUGAUUUAUUUGAGCUCAAUGUAACUGCUGAUUUAUCUGAGAUCAAUAUACUUGCUAACACAAAGAUCAAAGAAUAAUAGAGCAUGCUGAUAUAUUUGAGAUCAAUAUUACUGCUGAUUUAUCUGAGAUCAUUAUUACUGCUGACAUAUCUGAGAUCAAUAUUACUGCUGAUUUAUCUGAGAUCUUUAUAACUGCUGAUUUAUCUGAGAUCAAUAUUACUGCUGAUUUAUCUGUGAUCAAUAUAGCUGCUGAUUUAUCUGAAAUCAAUAUAACUGCUGAUAUAUCUGAAAUCAAUUAUAACUGCUGAUUUAUCUGAGAUCAAUAUUACUGCUGAUUUAUCUGUGAUCAAUAUAGCUGCUGAUUUAUCUGAAAUCAAUAUAACUGCUGAUAUAUCUGAAAUCAAUAUAGCUGCUGAUUUAUCUGAGAUCAAUAUAACUGCUUAUUUAUCUGAGAUCAAUGUAACGGCUGAUUUAUCUGAGAUCAAUGUAACUGCUGAUUUAUCUUAAAUCAAUAUAACUGCUGAUUUAUCUGAAAUCAAUAUAACUGCUGAUAUAUCUGAGAUCAAUAUAACUGCUAACACAAAGAUAAACAAAUAAUAGAGCCAUGCUGAUAUAUCUCAAAUAAUGUAAUGGCUAACAAAAAUGAUGAGCAUUUCUCAUAAUAAUUACAAGAUUAAUUGAUUGAAAUAUAUGUCGUCUUCCUUUA